CACACACACACACACACACACACACAGAGGAAGUGAUGCCCCCGGAACCUGUGAGGUUCAGAAAAGCGGCAGAACCGCCGCCAGCUUCCGCGACGCCCGUGACGCUAACGUCACCUUCGCCGACAUCUCUGGCGCAGCCACCGCCGCAGCCGCCACCGCUCAAGGUGCUCUCGGUGCCGUUUGCGCAGACGACGUGGUCGCAGCCAAGCUGGGGCGGUUGGAUAGCAUGGCUCAUCGUCAUCGGCAUCGUCUUUGUCGUUGGGUUUGUGUUCCGUGAGAACGACCCAAACAGGACGCUCGCCUCGGCCAGCAUCGCCUGCUGGGCUGUGUUUGUGGGCUCGUGGGUCGCGCUGUGGCUCGUGUGCAGAAUCGUGACCUGGAUUACCAUGUCCGUGAUCAUCAUCGUCAGGGAGAGCAACGCCAGCCGCAUCAUUCUCACCGGCAUCUACUUCUCCGUCUGCUAUCUCCUGUGGACCGUGCUCAUUGUGGUUGCGUUCUACGGCAUCUUCAACGCCAACCCGUUUCCCGCCCGCGUCAACGGUACCAAGUCCAAGCUGGACUUUGACAGGGUGUGGUGGCUGCCGCGCCUCAUGAUUGUCAACAUUUUCCUUGGCGUUCUUCUCGUCCUUCGUGGCCUGGCAGUCGUCCGCCUCCGCUUCGGGACGCGCUUGCUGAACCAGGCCAGCUCUGUCAAGGACGCACUGCGGGCGGAGGAAGUGUUGCAAGAUCUGACCGACACCAUCACGCCCACCAGUGUUCUCAGCGACAAGCGCCCACGCCGCAAGCAGCAGUUUACAGAGUACGACGCAGCUGUCACCCUGCAGAAGCUGUGGCGCUUUCGCAAGCGCGUCGACAAGGAGGGUGGUGAUGAUGCUCGCGGUGGUGGUGGCGAUGGUGAUGGUGAUCGCACGGAACGCAACGCCGGUGACUCGAAGGACGGGACACCAGCCGGAGCUGGCGAUGGUGAGAAACCACGGCGGUACAGCCUGCCCAGCAUGAGCUCAGCAGCGAAGAAGGCGAGGAUGAAGGCGAAGGAGAAAGCGGAAAAGGCCAAGCGCAAGGAACAGGAUAAGGAGAAGAAAAGGGGGCGCAAGCUCAAGAGGGGCGCAAGCCACGAAUGCAGGGUUACACACGCAGCACCAGCCAUCGAGGACGACGACACCAACGCCGGCAGUGUCGGUGUCGCUGGACCGAUUACUAAGAGCAUCUCCACCCCAGAUCUGCACUCCACACAGGCCGAAAGCCAGGCAGGCGUGCUAGCUGCAAGCGGUGCCCGCCACCCUGACGAGGCACAGCGCCAUGACACGGACAGUGGUGCCUCGUCCCACGAACACGACAAGCAACAAUUCCAGCAGCAGCGGAGGGCUUCAGCGCUCACGUCUGCGCAUCAGGAUACGGGCAGCGAAACACCGCAACGCAGGCACAGCGGCGGCGAUGAUGGUGGUCGACGAGCUGUUCCGCUCAUUCGCCCUGUUGAUGAUGACGACGAUGUUGCGGACGAUGUUGAAGAGGAUGUUGAUGAGCAUCACCAGCACCGGGAAGAGGAGGGCCCAACCACGAACAUUCACUCGCCCGAUGAUGUGCUCACAAGAGGAUAUGCGGGCCAGACGGCGGAGCUGUCCACGUCCAUGUCGACGGCGGGCACACGGCGGCGGCGGCGGUGGUGGCGGCAUCGAUUGAGGGGGCACAGGGGUGAUGAACGCGCACGCAAUGCCAACAAGGACAACAACAACAAGGACAACCGCAACAAUGGCAGUGGUGGAGACAACAACAACCAACAGCAAUCGCAAUCGUUGUCGUACGCCAACACGCAGCAGCCCCGCGCCCGCCACUCGCAAGGAGCGCGCAACAACGCGAACAGCCAGCACAGCAACAAGGAAUCCCACACUCACAACAGUGACAAGAAAGACAAGCGGAGAAGUGACAGUAUCAGCAGCAAGGCAGCAGCUGCCAGCAAUCACAACCACGACACCGACAAGGCUGCCACCGCCGCCGCCGCUGCCACAACUGCCGCUGCCACAACUGCCGCUGCUGUCAACUCGCGCAUGACUGCUGGGGAGGAUGACCCAACAGAAGUGAGCGCGUCGUUGCUUGCAGGCUUCGAGGCCAUCCGCCUCCGCUACAUCACCGUGUGCCGCAAUCGCGUGGCCAUCAAGAACGGGCUGCUCGCGCGCCGCCUUGCCGAGGCCAUCUUCGACCGGUACCAGCACAAUGGGCAGGUGCACAUUGCAACACUCAAGGACGAGCUGUCGAGCGAGGAGCUGUUUGCAAAGGCGCAGGACAUGUUCGACCCGCACGGCACCGGCAAGGCCGACGAGGACUGGAUGCGCGAGCGUGUGGAGCGCGUCUACCGCGACCGAAAGAACUUGGCCAUCACCCUCAACGAUUUGGAGAGCAUCACGCACGCACUGGCCAGCUUCCUGACCGCCGCGGUGGUGGUGCUUAUCCUGUUUGCACUCAACAUUGCGUUCAGCACGGGCGACUAUGCGGAGGUGACGGUCACCGUGGGCACGACGCUGUUUGCGCUCUCGUUCAUCUUCGCCGACAGCGCGAAGAACGUGUUCAACUCGUUUGUGUUUCUCUUUGUGCAGCACCCGUUUGACGUGGGCGACCGUGUUGUGCUGCCAAACUGGGACCCCAUGUACGUGGUGCGGCUUGAGCUGCUCCUCACCACCUUCAAGGUGUGGGACGGGCGCGUUGUGACGGUGCCAAACUACGUCCUCCACACGCAGACGCUUGUCAACAUACAGCGCGCCAAGCGGCAGGUGGACCCCCUGGUCAUAUGGGUUGACAUGGACACGCCGUGGUGCAAGCUGGAGCAGCUUGAGCAGCGCUACCGUGAGUUCCUGCGCAGCAUGCCAAACGACUUUGAGGAGAAGGACAGCGGGUUCUUUGUUCGCGGCCUCAACUUUGACGAUGGCAACUCCGUCAAGAUAAGCAUGUUCCCGCAGCACCAGACCAACUUCCAGAACGGCGAGCACGUGGCCCGCAUGCACGCGCUCGUGCAAGUCAUUAAGGAAGCGUGUGAGGAGCUUGGCAUCACAUACCACCGCCCCCGCCAGCGCGUCGAUGUGUCAUCAUCGUCGUCAUCAUCAUUUGCCUCCGCCUUCAACCCACAACAACAACAACAGCAGCAGCAGCAGCAGUUUGCUGCGCCAAUGUAUGAUGCCAUCGUGUGAUAAUGAUGUUGGUUGUGUCCUGGUGCUGUUUAGCAUUUGUGCGUGCGUGCGUGUGUGCGCGUGCGUGCGUGCGUGCGUGUGUGCGUGCGUGCGUGCGUGUGGGUGGGUGUGUGGGUGUGUGUGCGUGUGCGUGUGCGUGUGUGCGUGUGCGUGUGCGUGU